UUGAAGUACGUAAGUUUAACAUUUCUGGCAAUUCUCGGGAAUCUAUCUCAGCAAUGAAGGAAUGUCUUCCCCAGACACGAGCUCGUGCACCGGCCCCUAGCACGAGAAGAGGACGAAAUGAGUUGUGGGCAGCCCAGGGAGAGACAAUAAAGGCUCAUCAGUCCAAAAUGGAAACACAAUGCAAAUCAUAUUGGAGGACUGAAUAUACAGAAAACUUUAGUCUCCCAAAAGUUUACCAUCCACCUCGUACUGCGAAGAAAACAGCACACCAUUUGGUCUCAACAUUUCAGAUCUCAUCCGACACAAUGGGUGUGGAAAAGGGUAGACGGACAGAAUACCAGGCCAGAUACGGUCAUAAGGAAAAUCGGAGUUUAACGCCACAUCUGGAGGAACUUACCGGACGAUACUAUGCACAGGCAUCCAGUCUUCAGCAUUCUUUACUUGGAAAAAGAGAAAGGCUCAUAAAGCUGAUUGAAGCACAGAAGACGAAUGCAAGUGGAAAUGCAAAGGAAGCUCCCUUGAAGUCAGAGUGCAUGCCCCAGACGCGAACUCGUUCUCGGCCCACUGGGGCCAGAAGAGGACGACGUGAAUUGCAGACAACCCUGGUGGAGACCCUAGAGCCCGCAAAGGCUUAUCAAGCUGACGUGGAAACCCAUCACAGGUCUCGCCCAGUGUCUGCAAAUGCAACGAACUUUGCGUUCCGUCAAUCUGUCCACCCACCUCGUACGUCAAUGCGAUCUGCACAAUCUGGGGACUCUCCCAAAGAACCAACCGGUCUGAUUUCAGAGAAGUUUCAAUGCACAGAAUACGAAGCUGUGUACGGUCCUAAGGAAGAUCAGAGCUUACCACCACGCCGAGUGAAAUCGAACCAAGACCUUUAUUCACAGGCAUCCCAGCUUCAGGAUUCUGUACCUGUAAAAGAAGAUGAGCUGGUAGAGCUAAUUGAAGUCCGUAAGUUUAACAUUUCUAGAAAUUCUCAGGAAUCUCUCUCGUCUAAGAAGGAGUAUCUUCCCCAAAGACCAGCUCGUGCUCCGCCCCCUGUCCCCAUAAGAGGACGACGUGAGUUGCGGCCAACCUAUGGGGAGAGUGUAAAACCAAAAAAACCAUUAAUAUCAAUGGGAUUAGCUCACCCUUUGGACUUUCCAAGUAGACCGGCCAGUCUGUUUGCAGAAAAAUAUCGAUACACAGAAUACCAGGCUAUCUACGGCCCUAAGGUCCCCACUGCUCAUUUCAACGUGACUCUUUUCCGGCAACUUCGUGGAACUUCUUAAAAGCCUUACAGGAAAAAGAGAGCUUGUAGAGCCGUUUAAAGCACAGAAGACUAACACAAGUGGAAGUUUCCUCAAUUAGAACAGAGUGCAUCCCACAGACAAACUCAUUCUCAGCCCACUGGCCCCAGAAGAGCAUGUCUCCAGGAUCCAACGAAAAGAUUUUGAAUUGACAUUUUUUUUUCUUAAUGGAAUCAGUCUCCCCUCCUUAAAUUGGC